GCGCACGUUCGUUUGUGUGUGUGUGUGUGUGUGUAUGUCUGUGUGUUUUUGUUUGUUGUCGUUCGCGCGCCCGCGCGCAUCGUACAAAGCAUAAUAAUAUUUUUUAACAUAACUAACACAGUGAGACUUAUUGUCUCACGCAGAACGACCGCGUACGUGUUUCUUCCGAUAUCGGCGUCCAAAAACGAACGAAUUCAAAAAGCAUCCCUGCAUCUAAGAUGUCUUCUUCACAGUAUUCAUACAUAUUCAAGUACAUCAUAGUCGGAGAUAUGGGUGUCGGUAAAUCGUGUUUACUGCACCAAUUCACCGAACAAAAGUUCACUGCCGAUUGCCCGCACACAAUUGGCGUAGAAUUCGGAACAAGAAUCAUUGAAGUGUCUGGAAAAAAAAUUAAACUUCAGAUUUGGGACACGGCAGGACAAGAACGUUUCCGAGCAGUGACGAGAUCGUACUAUCGCGGAGCAGCUGGUGCAUUGAUGGUAUAUGACAUAACCAGACGUUCUUCUUAUAAUCAUUUGAGUAGUUGGUUAUCUGAUACUCGCAAUCUUACAAAUCCAGGAACUGUGAUUUAUUUGAUUGGGAACAAGUUGGAUAUGGAAAGUAAUCGAGAUGUGUCCUAUGAAGAAGCCAAACAAUUUGCUGAUGAAAAUGGAUUAAUGUUUUUGGAAGCAAGUGCCAAAACCGGAGAGUAUGUUGAAGAUGCUUUCCUUAAAACUGCUCAGAUAAUUUAUGAAUGCAUUCAAGAUGGAAGACUUGAUUUGAAUGCUGCUGAUUCUGGAGUACAACAGAAAAUCCUUCAAUGUGAAGCCAAUACAAAUGUGGAAAAAGAUAAAUCUUGUAUGCAAUGUUAAGUAAAAUAUUGUUGGAUGGAAUCUUUUAUUUCUAUAUUAUUUU